AUGGCCAACGACGAUUUCAAUAUCUUAGGAAAAUUCUUUUUCCUUCUAGCUACAGUGGGAUCAGCGGCUAUCGUGGUCAUAAUUUACCAUUGUAUAACUGUUUGUUUUUGUAACCGGCACCCGGCGGCUGCUAACCAAAGCCCUCCACAAAGACUCAGGCGAUCACGUUUUGUGUCUGAGAUCACAAUGGAGACAUCUAUCGGUAGUACCAGCGCUUCUAUGGUCCAACUCAUCCCAACGCACAAGUAUCAGAAAGGUGUGGACUUGAUGGGCGAAGAUGGCACUUGUGCCGUGUGCUUGAGCGAAUUUGAAGAUGGUGAAGAAUUACGUACCUUGCCAGGGUGCAUGCACUCGUUUCACGUCCCAUGCAUUGAUAUGUGGCUCUACUCUCACUCAACUUGCCCGAUUUGUCGGUCUGAUGCCGCUCCUUUGUCAUCAACAUUUCAUCGUGCAACAAUUUCAAGUUCCGACGAGUCCGAGGCACAUUCAGUAACGCUGCAAGAUAUUGUUAUACAUUCUACGCGGGCAUGA